AUGGAGGCUCAAAGCCCAGCACCUCCAGGCCUCGCCCAGCCACUGGGAUAUGCCGACCAGGCAUGCAAAGAAUGCCGACGGCGAAAGUCAAAAUGCAAUAAGGGAAUCCCCACAUGUAACAUGUGCCUGAGAUACAGAAGACACUGUUUAUACGAAAAGCACUCUCGAACUCCACUAACGAGGAGGCAUCUUACUGAAGUAGAAGAAAGGUUAGAGCAGGCUGAGGCAUUGAUCAGACAACUACGAGCUGCUCUUCCACCGCAAAAUGUUCUCAAUGAAGGAUCGAAUAAUACGACUAUCUCACCAUGCGAGCUAUCCGAUAGAGACGCAUUGGCUAAAAAUAGGCAAGAUCAGUCAGGACUGGCCACAGAGGGAGUCGAGAGUUCUUCAGGCUUCAGACGACCCAUCUAUAGCGAGCUUUCCGAAGAUAGGUCGCAUCCUCAGCAUGAAUUGGCCGCAGCUGGUCCAACUUCACAGCGAGACAAGAAAGGGCUGGGGCACUUAGAGAGUUCCGAUAACUCCCAACAUGAUGACUUUGAAAGCCCUCCAUCAACAGGCGAAUUUGGCUGGAAUGAACACGAGCCUGUACAGAAAGACUCUCCUGGAAUGUCGACCUCAAGCGACUUCAAUGAAACAAGGCAGAUUCUAGACGGCAUGGCGUCGUUAACUGUCUCUGAACAGCGGAGUGGUUAUCUUGGCAUUGCGUCAGGUGCCGCUUUCCUACGCCUCUUGGAGCCCGUGGGAUUCAAGGCUACGCAAAGCCACUCGCCAGUUGAGACGGAUGCAAGCCUUUCCAUAAUCACACUUCCUAACAUAAACAGACACAUCGCCGACUCGAUGAUUGAUGCAUAUUUCAGGAUAUACCACAUCAGUUACCCCAUCGUCCACGAACCAACAUUCCGAGCCCAGUAUUCUGAAGUCAUUCCAAGGCCCAAUGGCGGAUCAUGGUAUAUUCUAGCCUAUGUUAUGGCCGCUCUUGGAGUUUAUACGACCGCGACGACCUUGAACAACCUAGAUCUCGACAUCUUCCACCAUACCAAGUCUCUACUCUCGUUUGACGUACUUGAAGUCGGCAGCUUGACAAUGGUUCAGGCUCUGACGUUGAUAUCCAAUUAUCAACAAAAGAGAGAUAAACCCAACGCUGCCUAUAGUUACUCAGGAUUGGCGGCGAGGAUGGCCAUGGCGCUUGGGCUGCACAAAGAUUUUCAGGGAUGGAAGAUAUCGCCCUUAAGCAUGGAAAUCCGACGCAGAGUCUGGUGGACGUUAAGCAUAUUUGACAUUGGAGCUACCAUCACAUUCGGUAGACCACAGGUGUGCCCCUUCAACGGCGUUGACAUAUCGUUGCCCAUGAAUGUUCAUGACAAGGAUCUUACGGCUAUGUCUGCUUCUUAUCCUCCCGAUCCACACGAGAUCUCCGUUUACACGGCAGUCCGGACACAGGCAAGGUUUCAUAUUGCUACCAACCCGAUAUAUAUACGCAUCAUUUCCAAGCCUUUACCAAGUGCCCGAGAACUUCUGCAACUCGAGGCCCAGUGCCUCGGGCCAUGGAUGGAAAACACGCCCCCUUACUUUUCAGAAACGGCCUCUAUACCGUCCAAGCAUGUCUUUUCCCAUUCCGUCAUACAGUGGAGGUGGCGAAACUUCCGCAUAAUCAUGUACCGGCCUUUCGUCAUCCGGCGAGCAUUACUUGCGCGCAGCGGCCGUCAAGAUAAUUCGAGUCCGGAGUCGCUUCAGGCCUACGAGCGGUGUCUGGAUGAUGCAAAAGAGACGAUAUCAUCCAUAAGCGGAUUUUGGGCCACGAAUGAUCAUAUUCGUCUGUUUGCGUGGUAUGCCUUGUAUUUUCUAUUCCAAGCCGCCUUGGUACCUUGCAUCUGUCUCCAGAACGAUCCUUCCUCUCUUAAAGCGCCUGAGUGGCGUGAUCAAAUUGUCACCUCCCUCAAAGUAAUGGCGGCACUGGUACCUGUAAACCCAAGCGCUCAAAGAUGCCAUCAGGUCAUUGUAAGUCUCUGCGGAGCGCAUCUGAAUUCAUCAUCACCCCUUCCGGCCAAUGCCAGACUCGAGGCUGCGUCAAAUCUGCAGCCAGAGAAUGCAUUCGGGGUUCACAGUGAAGCAUUUCGCCACUCGUCUGAUGCCGAGGGCGACAGGCCGAUGAUGCCCGCGGACAACCCGCAUGAUCACAUGAACGCCGUUUUCUCCAUGAUGUGGCCUAAUGCGCUAUUCGACGCUGCCAACAAGGAGCAUGAUGAUUCUUGGAUGGAUUUUCUUAAUGGUAUAUAA